UACAGAUCAACCUAACCCAAUUGCUCAACUGGAAGGCACAAUUUACCUAUAUAUUACCUACAUGUAGGUAGGUACCUAAUGCAGGUACUUAUGCUUGCCACAUUAAACAGUUGCACAAUAUACAUCAUAGCGGUCAACAGAACGGCCAGUGCGUUCUAGUCCAAAUGCCCAAAAUCUUCUGGGCACCAAGGUACCUGGUAUCAAAACUCAACAAUCAACAACUACAUACCUGUACCUACUAACACAAAUUUCCAUGCACAUGAACAUAUACAUAUUGAGAGCGUUCUCGUAAAUCAUUUCAAAUAAUCGCCGUUGUCCGAAUCAAUUCAAUAUAACGAAGUUACCCGUAAGAGAACGCUAUUUGCGUACCUACCUCUUACCUGGGUACCUCAUGCCCUAAUCACCAUCCGAUUUCUGCCCUCUUUUACUUGCUCGUGUCGAACACGCCUUUUUUAAUGUUUUAAGAUGGCGUUUCCCCCAACUCGUCUAUCAGUUCCUGCUGGGCCCAGUGAUACUGAUGAUAUAGAUAAUAUUUCCCUAGCCUCUACUGAUUACGGAGUCAAUAGUGAAGAUCAGGAUAAAGAAUGGACCGUCGCAGACCUCUACGCCGAUCGGGCUCACCCGGAAAGACCGGGUGAGAGACAGUACCUGAUCAAAUGGGAUGGGUUUCCGAUAGAUCAGUGUACGUGGGAGCCAGUGGAAAACCUAGGACCGGGUCUCCUUGCGCAAUGGGAGGAGAUCCAGGAGGAAAUUGCAACCGGACAGCGCCUGCCUUUUGACAUUGAAAUAUAUAACACUGCAUGCAGAGAAAAGGCUGAAAGGCACGAGAGACGGAAUGCAAAACGGAAGAGACUGGGGUUACCGCUCACCGCACCUCUGCCUCUUGAAUCUCCUACUGAGGAUUCUUCUACAAUGAUUGCCUCUGGGGAUGAAAUGGACCUCGAUGGCGGGCUUAAAGAGACAAGUAACGUUGGUAAUCCAACGCCCAAGAUAAAACCUCAGAAAAUCGUCAAGCAGAAGAUGUUUAUUGGAAUCCCAACCCCUACAGAGGCGAGCUCGGUUCAGAAUAAGAAUAAGAAUAAGCGGGCACCAACGCAUCCAAUAUCGUCUAAGCCGACUCAGCGGCCUCCAAAACCAAAACGGGCGUCUUCGGGCGAUGGGGGAAUAGGUACUACCAUGACCGGGUACCAAGGCACUGCAAGGAAGCCCAGCACAGACACGAAAAAAACAUCAAAUCAAACGGCGUCAAAUUCAACGUCGAAGGCCCCUUCGUCGCUUCCGCCGAAGAUGUCGUCUAGCCUGGCAAACAAAUUUUCUGGGAAGCGGCAUACCGCGACUCGUACUCAACCUCAAACAGCCACGUUACCUACACGAAAAAGUAACGUCUUCAUUGGAGGUAAAGAGCGGAAAAAGCGGGCGAGUCUUGGCGAUGUUAUGGAUGACCCGUCAAAGGCACCCAAGGCCUUCAAUUCAAUGCGUGUCAUGAACAUCGCAAAAAAACGGGGUAUCGAAAGAAUGGAUGGAGCGCACCUUGAUAUCUCAUCUAUCCCGCCUAGUUUCUUCGUAACAAAUGACCAGCGUAGUCGGCCGAACCCGGGCCAGACAAACGCGAGUUCCCCAGUUACGCCCAUAGCAAACGCUCCAAUUGUACAAAGUCCUACGGCAAUAUCGCCGAGCGGCGCGAACAUAACUACACCGACACUAAAGGCGAAGAAGUCUGUUCGCUUUACUGGAGCGCAGGAUGACGCACCGGAGGAUACGCCCAUGGGCGGAGCCACAGAUGACGGAGUCGGUCUUGUUGUUGAUAGUCCAAUGGACAUCGAACAUCCCCCAGGAACUCCGGACUCGGUUAAAGUUCACCCAUCAAGGAGAUUGUCCUUGGCCACUUACCAGGAGCGAGGGCAGACUCAGGUCGUUCUAAAGACAGUCGUAUUCGGAAAGAGUGGAUCUGAGCCGAUCCAAGUCCUAUUCUGUGGCAUGACUCGCCAAGUUCAGCCCUGGCUAUCGGCUUUUAUGGCACAAGAAACAUUCCAUUUUGAUUCCAUCUGUUCUUCGUACAAUUUCGUCUUUCGCAAAGGUGCGUUAAUGAUGGGGGAAACUCUCUCUGACGGUACAGUAGAGGCCAAAUCCAAGGAGCUUUCGUCAACCUUGAGUAAUGUGGCGGAACACCUUCGACGAAACUCAUAUGGUAGUCACCUAAUCACGGAACAAUUUUCAAUUCUUGUCUAUCCUUCAAAUUGCGAUGGCUGGAACGAACUUGGCGUCGAUAUAAGCAAGCUCAACCCAGAAUCUCAUUUACGAUACAUAAUUUAUAAAUCGCGCGACGAUAUGAAACUCUACCCCCCAGCGUCCGUUCCUCGUGCUCCAACCCGACUGAGCCAUGUGGAACAAGGAUCACACUGCCGAGUACUUAUUAAGGACUUACUUGGGUUGGAUUUCUCUUUGUUUUUGCCUCAAAACCCUAAAGAAAAGGAUAAUCAGGUGUUCAUGUUGCUUUUCCCCGAAAGAGAAAAGCAAGUAUGCAAUAUGAUUAAGCUUUGGCUCCGUUCAUGUCAACCAGCCUGCCAAAUAUUCACCCACGAAAUCAAGGACAGCUGGGUACACUUCCACGAGACCGUGCAAGCAGGCAAAUCAGGUACUAUCAUCUUACACGAAGAUGUUAGUACAUCUAUCCGAAAACUGCCCCGGAUCUUCCAAAUGAUUGACAACAAACAUUGUUACACACUCUGGGAUCUCGCUACAGGACAAUAUAAUCCACCGAGAUUCCCUUCGGAUAUAUACGCGUCUAUUGAACCUGGCACACUCCAACUAACACGAUUAUUUCCCCAGGGCCGAGCCUUUUUGAUCACGCCCAGUUUUGCACUAUCAGAUCCGGUCCGGCUUCACAAGUUUCUGGAAUGGUUUAGAAAUUACUGCUGUAACCCUCAUUAUCUGAUUAUGGCCUGUGCGGAUUUUCUGGACUACCUUAAAGUAGUUACGUUGGAGAAAGAAGCGGAACGAAAGAGGAUGUGUUUGGCACACAAAAACAACCCUCAUCUUGAGGAGCUCUUAGCAGAAUCCGGUUUAGGGAAGCAAGAGCUCGAAGCAAGAUUCCGAGCGUGGGAGGCCCUGAAGGGGAUCAUAGCCGAUUUUGGAGACGGAGAAACGAGUGAAGAGAUCCGGAAAGUAGAAUGGGUCACAGAUUUUAUCGAUCCAAACGACGAGCAGAGUUUGGUAAAUUAUUUCUGUUGGUGGUCUAGCUUGAAGUGUGAUCGAUAUCGCAAAUUUACCGUGCUUGGCUCGAAUAACAACAAAAACAGAGCUGCUUAUAGGAAUAUCGAGAUUCCUAUCUAUACAGAAGAAACGGUCAACGACCCCGACAUAGCUUCGGCGCGUGAGAAAUCAAAAAAAUUGGCUCAUGACGCCUCCGUACCCCCUGGUAGCGCGAGCAGCGCGUCUAGUCCACAUGCAUUCCUUCCUCGUUCGUCCCUUAGCAGCGGUAGCGCUACUGAGCUCAAACAAUGGAUUACCAGUCUCCCCAUCCGCCUUCCGAGAAAAGGAAAUUGGGCCAAGCUACACUACAAGCCAGUUUCGUGGCUGAAUGUGCCGAUGGCUGACCACUUUGGUGAUCUGAGAUGCGAGUACGAUACCUUCAAGAACUGGUUGGGUGCUGCUCACAAGUUUUCUAACAUCAACACUUGGUAUGGUCUAUUCUACACCAUAGACGACGAGUGGAACCCCCAGUUGCCCCCUAGCUCAUAUAGGCGCCACCCUUGGGUUGCAGUGCUUAGGCCUAGGAAUCCUCACUUCAACUCUGUUACAUAUGCCGAAGUAGAACUGUUUAUCUGGGAUAUAUUCGCCCAUGACCGAGAAUCCGGGCGCGGGAAGGCUACACUGCUUAACAUGCAGCGGCAUCUAAUCGACCUUGUUAGAAGGGAAAUAUCACUGAAGGAUUCAAGGUACUACCUUGGCGAAGUCUAUAUGAGCAGUAAAACCAACUUGAAGUAUAACCCAAAGGAUAAGCCGUUAGAUUUUACAAAACGCAUGGUGGAGGAAAUGAUGGCCGACGGCAAGCAAUGGCUACCUCCCAUAGGAUCUCUUUUACCAGAUAAGGGCUGGAUACGUAUUCCAAAGUACGAGUGGCAUGGAGGAGUGGCAUACUCAAAAACACAAAAGCAGAAGCCAAUACCCAAAUACGAGAGCGAUGAGAAUAAGCUUCAAAGGUCUAUAUGGCAUGCACCGCGUCCUGGAACCAAAUUAGAGAAGUCAGCAUGCGUCAACGAUCUUUAUGAGGCUGCUUAUAGCGCUCGGGCGAAGGACCCAUCAUGUCAGACGAUGAGAUACCAGUAUAGAUCGACUCUGGACUGGUAUCACGACAUGAAGGCGGAAGGUCGCGAUUCGAGUCACGUCCAGGUCGACAGUGCGGAUAGAAUUUUGACCAAGCUAUUUCAGAAGAAAUAGGGUUCUCAUGGAAAACUUGGUCCUCACUUCACGUCUGAAAAACCUAAGGGAGAUUCUAAUGGGAAACGUAAAAAAAAAUGAUUUGGAAAGCCUUGGAUCGAGGCGGGGUAUAGGAGGUUUUGGGCGAAAAGUAUACCCUUUGUGCGCUGUGUUUGCCGCGAUUCAAAGCUUUAGGUCUAUCUGCCUCUUGAUUCGGCUGGCCAAGUUUACGGAUCUUGAGUAUACUGUGGAACCGAGAGAUAUUUGUACAUGUGUUUUGUCGAUCAGAUGAAAGGACUUGAGUUAAAGUCUAAGAGCAAGUCUUAUAAGGAAGUACUGAGGAAGUACGCCGAGAGCACGAGUGUUAUUAUGAUAAAGUCUAGGUACAUAAGCUAGUUACCGCGUUGUACACAAUGAAAUACACCGAUGCCCGAA